AUGUGCAAAUGCAAUGGAAACAUCUCUCUAAAUGUACCUUCACCGACGUAUUCUGCACAUAAAGGUGCAGCUAGACAAAUGUAUGGAUCAGGAUCGUUAAGGCCACCGGGAACUAAGUCAGUUAUUUAUGCAACUGGUCAACGACAACAUGGUGUUCGUACUACUUUGUCUCCACACGUCCUUAACCCGCCACAAUAUAUUUCAUAUUUACCUUACCCAAUAUUCCCAAUACCCAUGAAAGCGGAUGAAUUUGUACCUAUGAUCAAAGGAUAUCCUGGUACCCAACACAUUCAAAUCCCUCAAAGAGGUGAUAGACCUUCCAACCGUGGUGGCGGUAGAUACGGAGGGCGGCUGGAAUAUCCUAAUGGUAGACCAGUUCACGGUUUGGCGAAUUAUUUCUACCCAAACGAUUUUGGAUUUUUACCCGGAAGAGACAACUUCGGUAGAUCACCGUAUUUCGACAGGCCCAAUUUUGUCCAAAGAAAUGACGAAGAUGAUGAUUAUCUGGAAAGCUUCCCCACAUCCAAACCAGAUGAUAACGAUGAUUCGACGAAACAGCUGGGUAGUCACCAGAAAACUGCAUGUGAGAAAAAGUGUAGAAAAAGCGAGACCCUUCGUUGUUUUAGAUGUGAUGGUGUAAACGACUGUGAAGGUAAUGAAGAUGAACUGGAUUGUGAGUCUAUCGAACAUCAUGUAAAAUGUGACGAAACUAAGGAUUAUUUAUUGUGUCCCAGAACUAAACGGUGUAUUUCAAAGGAUUGGCUUUGUGAUGGUGAUGAUGACUGUGGUGAUUUCUCGGAUGAAACGCAUUGCGGGUUUACAAUGAACUGUACGAUCGAUCAAUUUCAAUGCGAGAAUGGACUGUGCAUUCCGAAAACUUGGAUUUGUGAUAAUGACAACGACUGUAAAGAUUUUUCUGAUGAAUUAAAUUGUACCAUUUCAGGAUGUGGAGAACACGAAUUUGAAUGUUCCGAUUCUACAUGUAUUUCCAUAGCCUGGAAAUGUGAUAGACAAAUUGAUUGUUCCGAUGAAUCUGAUGAAAGUGACUGUGUUGUUUAUGAAUACAAAUUUUUAGAUAUUGUUCCACCCUAUUGUAACGAAGCUGAAUUUCAAUGUACAAGUCAUAAAUGCAUUAAGAUUGAAUUUAAAUGUGAUGGUGAUAAUGACUGUAGUGAUUGGAGCGAUGAAGAUGAUUGUCCUAGCAUACCUGGCACCUGCGUUACUGGAGAAUUUAAAUGUAAUAGUGGAAAAUGUAUCCCAGAAAGGUACAAAUGUGACACGCAAAAAGACUGUGAAGAUAAUGAAGAUGAACAAACUUGGGCAUGUGAUGGAUUAGAAGACUGUUCUCAAGGUGAAGAUGAAUCAAAGUGCGAGAUAGUUUGCGAUGAGGCCAAAUUUCCUUGUAGUGGAUUAGAUUCAAAUAACAAUAAAACUGAGUCUUGCAUUAACAAAAAACAUAGAUGCGAUGGACAAAAAGAUUGCCCCAAAGGAGACGAUGAAGAAAAUUGUCCAUCUAAAAGAGAAUGUGAAAGGGACACAAAGUGUAGUCAACUUUGUAUUACCACAGCUGAUGGUAAAAAAGGUUGUGCCUGCUUGAACGGUUACCAGCUCUCUAAAGAUGGAUUUAGCUGUGAUGAUAUCAAUGAAUGCUUAUACGCCACAGAUCCAGUAUGUUCCCAAACGUGUAAUAACACGGUUGGAAGUUUUAAAUGUGGAUGUAUGACGGGAUAUGUACUUAGACCAGAUUUAAGAACUUGCAAAGCGAUGGGAGCUCCACCUACAUUACUUUUUGCCAAUAGAGUCGACAUAAGAGAGGUUUCAUUAAGUAACUCCAAGUACACGGCUCUCCUCAAAGGACUGCAUAAUGCUAUCUCUCUUGAUUACUACUACGAGAAAGGAUACAUAUUUUGGACCGAUGUAUCUAUGUCUGUAAUACGACGAGCUUUCAUUAAUGGAACGGGAAUUAUAGACAUUGUGAAAUCUGGACUGGAGUCUCCUGGUGGUAUUGCGUUAGACUGGAUCCACGAAUUGAUAUUUUGGACAGAUUCUGGUACUAGACGAAUUGAAGUUGCAACUUUGGAUGGAGAACAAAGAUCAAUAAUCGCCGCAAGUGAAGUAGACAAACCCAGAGCUAUUGCGGUACAUCCAGGCGAAGGCAUCCUUUUCUGGACAAACUGGGGUCCCAAUCCGAAAAUAGAUCGUUCUGAAAUGGACGGAACAAAUAGAAAAAGUAUUAUUACCGAAUCAGUAUUUUGGCCUAAUGGACUAACUAUCGAUUAUACGUCUAAUCAAAUAUAUUGGGCAGAUGCUAAACAUAACGUGAUAGAAACCUCAAACUUCGAUGGCUCGAAUAGAAGAAAAGUUAUUAGCAAGGGGUUGCCACAUCCAUUUGCCAUCACGAUAUUCGAAGAUGCACUGUUCUGGACGGACUGGCACACGAAAGCUAUUUCGACAGCAAAUAAACUUACCGGAGCAGGAUUACGUCCUUUACAUACUCAACUGUAUUUUCCAAUGGACAUUCACGUCUACCAUCCGCAGAGACAGCCUAAAUACAACAACCACUGUGGUAAUAAUAAUGGCGGAUGUGCGCAUAUGUGCUUACCAAAUAAAAAUUCCUAUACAUGCGUUAUACCAAUUGAUGGAAUCAAAUCGGCGGUAGCUAUUUCUUGGGAUUCUAUAAAUGAUUACAUUUAUUGGUCAGACGUUGAAAAAAAUUCAAUAAAUCGAGCUUUUUGGAACGGGACUUUUCAAGAAGUCGUUAUACACCAAAAUAUAAUUUCGCCAGCUGGUAUAUCUUUUGAUUGGGCUACUGAUAAAAUUUAUUGGACAGACGCUGGUACUGACAGAAUUGAAGUAGCUCAUUCCAAUGGAAACAUGCGUUCAUUACUAAUUUGGGAGGAACUAGACAAACCCAGAGAUAUUGUUGUUGACCCUGAAGGUGGAGUAAUGUAUUGGUCAGAAUGGGGUGAACGUCCGAAAAUUGAGCGUGCUAAUAUGGACGGCACUAACAGAUCCGUUAUUGCAAAUACCAACUUAACUUGGCCAAAUGGUUUGGCAGUAGAUCAUCUUACGAAUAAAAUUUAUUGGACUGAUGCCGGUACCAGAAGUAUAGAAUUUGCCAAUUUGGAUGGUACUAAACGAAAAAUUUUGCUAGGUGGAAAUAGUUUACCACAUCCAUUUGGACUAGACUUAUUUGGAGAUCAUAUUUACUGGACAGAUUGGAAAACGCAAAGCAUAGAAAGGGCAAAUAAAUUUAAUGGUCAAAACCGUACAGUUUUAUCAAGUAACAUGAAUGAUUUAAUGGAUGUACGGGUUUUUCACAGGAACAGAAAAUAUUUCAAGCAUGCCUGUAACAGCAAUAACGGAGGUUGUUCGCAUCUUUGUCUACUGAAACCAAGAGGUCAUUCUUGUGGCUGUCCAACGGGAAUAACGUUAGGGGAGGAUGGAAAAACUUGUGAAAAAGGCCCGAUUAACUAUCUAAUAUUCGCUCAUCGGAUGGAUAUCCGUCAGAUAUCUCUGGAUGUGCCGUACAUGGCCGAUGUAGUUUUGCCCUUCCCUAAGCUCAAAAUAGCGACGUCAGUUGACGUAGACAGGAAAACUGGUGAAAUUUAUUGGACAGAUACUGCAGAAGAUGUCAUACAGAAAGCUACGCCAGAUGGGAAAAAUAUUGAAGUUGUUAUUAUGCACGAACUAGAAGCUCCAGAUGGACUUGCUAUAGAUUCAACUGGACGGAAGAUAUAUUGGACAGACGGCGAAAGAAACAGUAUUGAAGUAGCUGAGCUAGAUGGAAGAAAUAGGAAAAUCUUAUUCCAUAGACAUUUGAACAAUCCAAGAGCAAUUACAUUACAUUACCACCACGGUCUUAUGUUUUGGUCCGAUUGGGGAGAUGAAGGUAAAAUAGAAGUGGCUUUUAUGGAUGGAACGCAAAGGGAAGUUCUAAUAUCCAAAGAUCUAAAUUGGCCCAAUGGUUUAGCCAUCGAUCGACCUGCAAGCAGACUGUAUUGGAAUGAUGGAAAACUUCAAACAAUUGAAUCCAGCAAUCUAAAGGGAAAAGACAGAAGAAAAAUUUUAAACAACGUACCUCAUCCUUAUGGUCUAGUAGUUGUGGGAAAUCACAUUUAUUGGACUGAUUGGCAAACUAGAUCCCUGCACAGAGCAGACAAAAUUACAGGCGAUGACAAAACUAUUAUUCGGGACAGACUAGAUGGUCUAAUGGAUGUCCGAUCAGUCCAAAGUGACAACACCGCAGAAAAUGCAUGCGGUAAUGACAAUGGUGGAUGUUCUCAUUUGUGCUUAAGAAAUGCAAAUUCUUAUUCAUGUGCUUGUCCAACAGGUCUAAGCAAGUCUAAAACAAAUGAAAAGCAGUGUGAACUAAUACCAGAAACUUUCCUGUUGAUCGCAACAAGAUACUCGUUAAACCAAGUCAGUUUGGAUACAGAUGAUGCCUGGGAUGUUACCCUGCCAGUAGACGAAAUAGAGAACGUUAUAGAUGUAGACUUUCAUUGGGAAAAGAAACUUUAUUUUUACACUGAUAUUGAUAAAAAAUAUGGCCUAGCUGUUGAUUGGAUAGCAAAUAACAUAUAUUGGACAAACACUGGAAACAGAAUUAUAGAAGUAGCUAGAUUAGACGGUUCACAUCGCAAAACGAUAGUUGGACAAUAUCUAAAUGAUCCAAGAUCGAUAGCAGUGUUUCCGAGAAAAGGAUUCCUGUUUUGGACUGAUUGGGGAGUACCGAAGAUAGAAAGAUCUCAUUUGGAUGGUUCAAAUAGAAAACAAUUGAUUUAUACUCAAAUUAAGUUUCCGAUCGGUUUAUGCAUAGAUUAUGAUAAAAGAAGACUUUAUUGGAUUGAUGCAAAAAUGAACGAAGAAAAAAUUGAAACUACGGAUCUACAUGGAAAUAAUAGAGUUAUGCUUAGUGUUCAAUCCACUCACCCAUUUUCUUUAACAGUGCAUGAAGAGUACUUAUACUGGACUGAUUGGGUGAGAAAAACAGUCUUAAGAGCAGAGAAAAAUUCCGGUCAAGACUCAAUUAUAAUCAGGCCACAACUAGAUGCAGCCAUGGGUAUAACUAUGGUAUCAAGUAAAAGACAGCAAGGAUGGAAUCCUUGCGCACUCCACAACGGAGGUUGCUCCCAUUUGUGUCUAUUUAGGCGUAAAAAUUAUACCUGUGGAUGUCCAGAUAAAUACGAUUCUACUUGUAAAACAGAACCGAACUACAUAGUUCCACUAAAAUGUCCGCCUGGCGGUACCUUUAAGUGUGACGAAGAGGAAGACGAUGAUAGAGAUUACGAUUACUUCUUUAGAUUUGAUCCUCCGAAACUCGAUGAUAGCAUUGGAUUUCCAUCGAUAGCACCAGCAGAAGUUUUUCGAAUCCAAAUUACUAUUCACCUAAUGCUGACUCAAUUGCAGUUCCAACUAAUGGAAAAUUUAUAUGGAAAAGAUUUAAAAUAUGACAAGACGCAGGAAAGAGUAUACGAAGAAACAGUAGGAAUAAGUAGCCCAGAAAUAGCAAGCCUUAUUCCAACGAUUUUGACGCCAUGCAGUUCGAAUUGCGAAACUGUUACACCAGAAGUGGAGAGAUCACCAUCAAUAACGCCAUUACAUAAAAUUGACGUAAACGAAACUGUUUCUUAAAUAGUCUAAUUAUAAAGAGUCACCUAUAACUAAAAAAAGUACAUAAACGAGUGUAGAUAAAAAGUCAAAUUAAGGUGACUGACAAUAAAAUUGUAAUAAUAGUUAAGGAACUAUUUUACGACAAAAAAGGGUUUGUAAUAGUCGUACCUACUAAGGGCAAUCGCAAACGACGUUCUGGGUAGCUGACAAUUUUGUAGACAAAGCAUUCCUACCGAUUCUUUUGAAAUGUUUCAUAAAUACUUCUUGAAAGAUGGGAAAUAUUCAACAACUGUUUCCAGACCGACAAGCGAUUUGUUUUACCGAAAAAUUGUCGGUAAUCUAGUGUUAAUCCAAGGAUUUUGUUAUACUAAAAAAUUAUUUACGUUUUUUGUAUUUUAUUCUUGCAAAUUCUCUACUGUACCUACUUAUAUAGUCCUAACGUUACAAAUCAAGUUUUGCAAUUGUCACUUUUAUUUAAAUAAAAGCAUAAAUCGUUAAAGCAAAUCUACGCGAGAUUCUAAAUUAAAUACAUAUUGUGAUACCGUUUUUUAAAGAUAAUAAAAUAUUGCUUAAAAAGUUUAUCUAGUAAGAAAGGAAACAAAUAUAGAUUUUCUGUUAAAAACAAAAAGUUGGAACAAAGAAUUAAAAAAAUAUAUAGGUUUGAAUGAUGUACAUUUUAGACUGCAGUGAAAAUGUCUAAAAAGAGAGCACCAAGUAGACACACAGUUUUAUGUAUACCUAUGAGUGAAAAGAGUUCCCCAAAUGUAUUUUCUAUGUUUACAAAAUUAAAAUAUUCUUUUAAAUUAUUAAACUACUAAUAUUUUUUUAAUACCUAAAACUUAUAAUUAUUGUUAACAUUUUUGACACAUUGGUAAUUGUAUUAUUAGAAGAUGGUCCAUUUUUCUAAAAGUUUUCUAUAAAUCAAUCAACAGACCGAGAUUCAUGCUUUUGUAUCAUUUUAAAAAAGAUUGGAAAAUUUUGUGUGCAUCGCUAGGACUAAGAAAAUUUUUCAGACUGUUUAAGUAUAUUGGAAUAUUGUUAAUUAUCCAAUUACCGUUAAUAUAAGUGUAUUCAAUAAAUGUUACCUACAUAUCUCGUUGACAAAAUAAAUAAUUGUUUAUGCAUAUUCAAAAUUAUUAUAACAUAUGGAAAUGUUUUAUAUGUAAUUCCAUAUCACGUUUCCUAUGCAAAUUUCUGCGAGAAAAAUAACUAUUCAAAUGUUUCGAAAAUAUUUGUUUAUAGGUAAUUUACCUGCUCAUGAAUGUAAGUUGUAUGAUAUUUAAAGAUAUUUUUUAUAAAAAAUGCCACAAGUCAAAAAAUUAAGACUGAAAGAUAGAUGAAGAUGAAUAUAGAGAAGGUAGUUAAAUAUAUUGUAAAUCACAAAAUAUUUAGGUACAAUUUUAACCGUGUUGGAAUGUACGUUUGUAAAUAUGCCAGAAAUAUAUCCGCUAAAAAAUCUUAAUCAAUUUUUCUACUAUACAAUAUCUAUAUAUUUAGAAUAUUAAUUAUUUAAUAACUUUGUCGAUAACGUACCUAACAAAAUUUAUAGUGAUAUAGUUAGUACAUACUUUAUAAAUUAUAGAAAAUAUAUUUUUGUUCCUUAUGCAUUUUGUCAGGUGUGCCAAAGUAAUUUAGGUAUUAGAUAUUCGAUUAAGUUUAGGAUAAUGAGAUUUUUUAGCGGAUAUUUAACUAAGUACUUUCUUCUAUGGCUCAAGAAGAUAAUACUCGAAGCGAAUGAAAAUACUUGUAUAAUUUUUUUAAAUUAAUAUUUAUCAUUGUAAUGUGUUCCUUAAAUGCUUAAAUAAUUGUUGUAAAUCAAUUUGCACACUGAAUAGAAAAAAAUUAAAAUGUAAUCUAUACAAAUUAAGAAACUAACAAUUUAAGAACAAGAUAACUGCACAAAUUUCAGACCUUUAUAUACAGGGUGUAUCGAAAUGAUUGGUCAUAUUCUUUGGUCAAAAAUGGGUCGAUUGAACCUUACUUACAUAAUUAUGUACAAAAUUGCACACACAAAAAGUUACAGUGUUUUUAAGUUAAAAAUUUAAAUGAUUUUUUUAACGGUGCUCUAAAACCAUUUAAGAUUUUUUUUUUCAUAAAAUUUUAUAUGACGUGUUAAAAUACAAUGACUAAUAAAGCCGAGGUUCGAUUUUUGUAAGUUUUUCGAGUAAGUCAUCGUUUUUUUGUUCACCCAACUUUUUUGUGGUAUAAAAAAUGAAACUCCACUUGAAAUUAACAUCCAUUUUCAAAGAUUUUUGUCCUUCAGUAUUUUUUUGUAAAAUGUUUGGUUUAAACGAUACUUUUUCAAUUUAAAUUCUUCUUUUUCAAAAAUAUCGAAAUCAGGUUUAUUAGUAAAUUACAACCAUUAACCUCAAAAUACAAUACAGUAGACUCCCGAUUAUCCGAGCUAAUGUGGACAUUUUUUUAAUACUUUUUAAAAAUAAAUUCCAAUACCUACUUUAAAAUAUUUUAUUAAUAAUUCUUACAAACAAAGGAACAACUAAAGUAAAAUAAAAAACCAAAUAAAUACAUACAUAUAUUAUGUAUGUACAUACCUGUGUAAAUGUUUAUAUGUAUGCAAAAAAAUAAAAAUAUAUAAUAUGUACUUUAAUAUAAUAAAAAAAAAAUUCUACUACAAUAUAGUAUAUUAUUAAAAAUAUUUAUUAAUAAGAGCUUGCUUUUUUUGCUGCAAUAUUUCUCAAUCGUUUUAAAAGCAAAACAUCUGAUGGCGUGGAUUCAGAUUGCUGCUCCACAUACUGAAAGGCUCUUUCUAAAUUAGCAAAACCAUCUUGAUUAGAAAUGCCUUCAACAAACUCUUGCUCUUCAUCUUCAUUUUCAAGCAGGUCUUUCUCUUGAGUUUAUUCAUAUGCAGCUAUUUCUUCUAUAGAAAGCUCUUGCUCAUGGUCAUCAGAAUAAAUCCAUUGUAACAUCUUCACAUCCCUUUAUGUGUUUCAUUAAAUCAAACAAGAUCGUCUCAUCCUCACAAUCGCUGUCAUCUUGCGCAUCCUUUAAUCUUACAGCUAGCUGAUUUAGAGGCAAAUCGUCUUCUGUGUCAUCAUCCUGGAUCAAGCUAUUGUUCCAUGAUUUUUAUAUUGUGGAUGCUUGUGCAGAGUUCCAAACUUGACUCACCCAGUAGAUAACAUCUUUUAAGGUAAUCUGCCGCAGAGUCGCAGUAAGUUCAUUAUUUUCUGUCAUCUGUAACACAUGUUCAAGAAACAAACGUCUCUACUUUUUCUUUAAAUUUUUUAGGACAGAUUGACCCAUGGGUUGAAGAAUGCAGGUGACGUUGGUAAAAACUUAACAAUAAUAUCGCCUACCUGAAGAUUUUCUCCAGGAUGUGACGGAGCAUUAUCCAUAAGUAAAAUUGUCUUUCUGGGGAGUUAGAUUUUGUCCAAAAAUCACUAAAGGAACAAACUGCUCUUCAAAUCAUGCACUAAAUAUCUUUAUAUCCAUCCAGGCACUUUUUUGGUUUGUGUAAUAAACUGGAAGCCUCUCUUUACUUCGUUUUUAACCUGGGGCUGCCUUUUGCUCUCAAUUUUUUUUAAAUAAGCUUUCUCCAGAAAUAUUCCAAUAUGUUACCAAUAAUAUUUUAUUGAUUUUCUCGAAACAACAAAAAAAAGUUACCUAGUUUUUGCAUUCAGCCGACGAUAUCUGAUCAAGUUGUAACCGUGGUAGUUUCUAAUUUAUGGUAGUAAUUUAAAGGAAAAAUAAUUGCGAAGUUUUUUGCAAAAAAAAAACAUUGUAGUGACGUGUAGCGUUCCGU